CUCUUUAAAUACCGCAACUGUGCACCUUCGUCUCCUCCUAUUUCUACUCGUCCAAAAACCAAUUAUCAUAACGUAAAAAGUUUCUGAUUCACAAUGGGAGAGAAAAAAAAUGGGAACAAGAAAGGACGGGAUGGAGAAAAGAACGAAAAGGGUUCAUCGGCCAUUGUUUUUAAAGUUGAUUGUCUUUGUGACGGUUGCGCUAUCAAAGUCCUCAAAUGCAUUCGUGAAGUUCAAGGGGUGGAGACUGUUACAACAGAGAGCAGCUCAAACAAAGUGACAGUGACCGGAGCUGUGGAUCCGGCAGCCAUCAAAGAGAAACUCGUGAAGAAAACCAAGAAGAAUGUUGACCUCAUUUCCCCUCAACCGAAGAAAGAUGAUAACAAAGAGGAGAAGGAGAAAAAAGCUGAGAAAGAGAAAAAUCAAGAUUCUGGAAAUGAUAAUGGUAAAAAAUCAGAGAAAAAACCCAAAGAGGCCCCAGUAACGACGGCAGAUUUGAAGGUGCAACCGUACUGCCAGUGCUGGGGAUGCACUGUUAAGAUUCGCAAAAUUGUCGCCGAUACCAAAGGCGUGCAUGAGUUGAAAGUAGACAAGGUGAAGGAGCUGGUCACUGUUAAGGGGACUAUGGAUGUUAAGGCCUUGGCCGAGGCUUUGAAGGACAAACUGAAGAAGAAAGUUGAGAUUGUUCCACUUAAGAAAGAGAAAGAUGGCAAAAAUGAUGGCGGCGAGAACGGGGGUUGUGGUGAUGGCGGCAAAGGGAAGAAGAAGAACAACAAAGGUGGCAAUGGUGGUGCUGGAGAUGGUGGAAACGAUGCUGCACCUACUGGUGGUGGUGGUGGUAAUGGCAAGAUGGAAGGGGCCAGGAUGGAAUAUAUGGUUCAACCCCAAUUUGGAUACAUGCCUAGUUACCCUGGAUACGGGCACCCGGCUUACGGAUAUGGUUACGGGCACCAGCACGGACAUGGUUACCCCGGUUACGUGCCGGGUUACCCUGUAUCUGUUCACCCUCCUCACCACCUAUUCAACGAUGAGAACCCUAAUGCUUGUGCCAGUAUGUGAGGGCCGAGGAGAAAUGGGGUUAAUGGCACAUGAUAUUAGGUGAAGGUAAAUCAAAGGAAUGUGUAAUUAAGAAAU